AUGUCGGACCGGGCUACUCUACCGAUUUACAUCGUUAAUCCAACCACCAAGCAUACACACACGGCGAUAUUACUUCACGGACAGGGAGACAACGGAGCAGAUUUCGCAGAGGAGCUUUUAUGUUCUUCCAGCUUCUCCGAGGGAAGAGCUGGCGGCGACAGCGAGAAGACACUACCGGCGCUGUUCCCUUCAUGGCGCUGGGUCUUUCCUUCAGCGCCUUCUCGAUGGAGCAGAGUCUUUGAAGAGGAGCUCUCCGCGUGGUUUGACGCGCCUUCGCUGUCCGAUCCCACUUUUAUGGAAGACCUGCAGAUGGAUGGGAUCAGAGAAUCGGUGCUUGACAUCAGCAGAAUCCUGCACGACGAGGCGUCCAGGCUUGGGGGAGCUUCACAAAACAUCGUCCUCGGCGGCAUCAGUCAAGGCGCUGCCGUGGGAUUGUGGGCACUGCUCUAUCACGGUCGGGAAGCGCCAUGCAGCAAGCUUGGAGGGUUUGUGGGAGCAAGUUGCUGGCUUCCGUUCUCCUCUUACAUCGAAAGGGUUUUGUGCAAUACCGACGUCGGGCAGUUAACAACAGAUCCCCCCGUGCCAACAACGACCACAACAACCUCCCUGGACUUCGUGAAUUCCAUGUUCAAAGCUACCAAAUCGUCUCUUGCAAGCCACAGCCACGACGGACCUCAUCCCUUGUUGUCGACGCCAGUCUUUCUCGGACACGGUACGGAUGACGCUUAUGUCGACAUCAGCUUGGGCCGUCACGCGAGAGAUGUUUUGACAAGGGUGGGCUUCUUCGAGGUGAUGUGGAAGGAAUAUGUCGGCGCUGAGCAGGAAGGGCAUUGGUUCAAAGAGCCUGAACAGGUCGACGAUAUUGUCCAAUUUCUUAGAACUGUCGACACUGGGCAACCUUUUUCAACUUAG